AUUACUUGCAGUUCAGAAGCAGAUGGCGGCCCAUAAAAUUGCUCAUGCUACCUUGAAAGGACCUAGUGUGGUGAAGGAGAUAUGCAUUGGGAUCACUCUUGGUUUACUAGCAGGCGGAAUGUGGAAAAUGCAUCACUGGAAUGAGCAGAGGAAAGUAAGAGCAUUUUAUGACAUGCUAGAGAAAGGUGAAAUUAGUGUUGUUGCAGAAGAGUAACGUUUUCUGCAUCCGAUCAUGUUGAUGCUUUAACAAUAUUUGGUUUCGUCAGUCCUUUUAAUUUCAACAAAUGAUAUUUAAGAUGCAAAUCAAGCAUACUUUCUUGGUUUUGGUUUUGAGGGAAAUAAAUUUCUGGUGAUGAAAAACAUGUGAACUAUAUUUGUUGAACUUCUUCUGGUAUUAUUGUGAACCAURCUUGUUGGACAUGUCCAACUAUUCUUCUUGUU